CUGAGUUUUUGCUUCAAUAUUUAAACUUCAAUCUUCAUAGACAUCUAAUGAACAGUAUAAAUAUCAGUAUUCCAUUAUUCCCUGUGUGCUGAAAUUAUAUCUGCAGCUGUAUUUACACUAGAUUAGCUUACACCUAUGUGAUCGUUGCAAAUGGCUCAUUACUGACAGAAAUCAUUUGCAUAUAGUAUCAGUCUCAACAUCAGUACUUCUGGUUGUGGUACAUGGAGGAUGUCCUGUGAUGGACGCCCUCACAGCUUUUAUUUUAUUUGCAUGCUUGUUUGCUUAAAGCCACUGAGGUCUCAAACCUCUUUUUCAAUGGUACCCUGGCCAAGACAGCAGCAUAAGAGGCACCCAGACAUUCUUUUCACCCUUUUCCCACAAAUUUUAUGUGUUUUUAAUUAUCUAAACUGCAGGUCUAAAGACAGAGGAUGAUGUGCUGUAUAGACUAUACACCCCUGAGAUGACGAACUAGUGGUUUUGAGCUAUAUAAUGGAAACUGUGUUUAAAAACAGGGCUGAUUCAGCAAAAUUUCUCAAUAAAGAACAAACUAAAACUUUACAGAAAAUAUAUACUGUACAUGAAGUCAUUAGAUCUUUUAGCUGACCACAGUAUAAUGUAAUGGUUUACUGAGCCAAAUGUGGAAUUCUUCUUUUGGCCUGCCUCCCUCUACAAAACAAAAAUCAAUGACAGUAUUUAUUAUUCUGUGUUUGUGCUCAGGGACACCUCAGCAGACAGAUGAUGCCUGAACAAGCCCUGUUUCCUCCAGAUGAUGCAACAGGAUCCCGGGUAGUUGCUUUGAGAGGAGGGAGGAGAGAGAGGCAGGCAAACACCGACCACAGCAGCAGCAUGACCAGAAACCUCCGCAGCAAACAGAGCUGACCACUUUGACACAACGCUCCGGUGAAAGCGACGAGACGCCACGGUUUCCGAGGCUGACGCAAAGCUUUCGCUAGACCAGAAGACGAUUCAGCUCCAGAAAAGAAACUACAAGUGGACUCUGUCUGCUCUGCUUCAACACACUGAUCAGGAGUCCUGACUGCCGGAUGUAAUAACUUGUUAAGGUGGACAUUUCUCGUGACGUACUGCCAGUACCCUACAGAUGGCGGGCGGUGAUGGUGAGGGGCGGGGGGGUGCGGUCAAAGGGCUAACAACUGGCACACAGUCAGGUGUUGGUCCAUAGUGUGUCUGCGGGCCACAGUGUGAGUGAGAGUUUGACAUGCAAACACCAGGCAGUGAUUUUAACCAUCAAAGUGGUUACAGCUUCUCAGCAGACAUGGUGGACACCCAGCAGCUCCUAGCCUGGCCUGUCGGUUUCAGUCUGAGCGCCGUGGACCUGCCAGACCUGGAAGACAGCUCCCACUGCCUCAAUAUGAAGCAUUUGUCCACGCUAGACUAUGCCUCCAUCUCCUCUUCCUCUGUCCAUUCCUCCUUGUCUCCAUCACUUGUAUCCUCCAUCUCUUCCUCUGGUAUGCCCUAUGACCCCAGCCCACCGCAGAGUGAAGAACAUCUGACCAACAUGGACUACAUACACAUGCACAGCUACAGGACAGAGCGGAACAUGUAUACAGAUUCAAUCAAGAUGGAGCCAGAGUCACCUCCACAGUACUCAGACAGUCCUGUGUUCUCCAAGAUCCAGGAUGAUACCUCAACAGCAGCCCUAAACAUUGAGUGUCGUGUGUGUGGAGACAAAGCCUCUGGGUUUCACUAUGGUGUCCAUGCCUGUGAGGGCUGUAAGGGUUUCUUCAGACGCACAAUCAGGUUAAAGUUGGUGUAUGAUCACUGUGAUCUCCACUGUCGCAUUCACAAGAAGUCCCGCAACAAAUGCCAAUACUGUCGCUUCCAGAAGUGUCUCAAUGUUGGCAUGUCACACAACGGUAAGGUGGUGAUACUUUUGCACACACCUUUUAGAACAGUGUACACUUACAAUAUGUAUGAUGAACUUGAUUCAUUUUCACUAUGUGCACUCUGUCCACAGUUGUUUCUGUUUUCCUGCCUGUUCUUUAAACUAACAGCUCCUCUGCCUCUAUGGCAGAUACAUCUUGACCACACUGUUGCCAAUUUGGUCUUUGAGCCUUUUGUUAUCCAUGACAUGAAGUCUCUACUGGAGGGAGAGCAGUUUAUUAAUUGCAGACAGGUGCCCAUCCCUGAGCACCAGCAGCAGCAGCAGACCUCAACCCUUACAGCCAUACAUGGAGGAUUGACGGGCAUCAGUGGACAGGGACCACCAACAGAUGCUGUGGAGCUCCGAUUGUUCCACAGCUGUCAGUCACGCUCAGCUGAAGCAGUGAGAGAAGUGACAGAGUUUGCAAAGAGCAUCCCCGGAUUCAUUAGUCUGGAUCUAAAUGAUCAGGUAACUUUGCUGAAGUAUGGUGUGAUAGAGGUCUUGAUCAUCAUGAUGGCACCUCUGAUGAACAAGGAUGGGACUCUGUUCUCCUACGGACAGAUCUUUAUGACGCGGGAGUUCCUUAAGAGUCUCAGGAAACCUUUCUGUCAAAUAAUGGAACCAAAGUUUGAGUUCUCCGUUAAGUUCAACAUGUUGGAGCUGGAUGACAGUGACAUGGCGCUGUUUCUGGCUGUCAUUAUCCUCAGCGGGGACCGUCCAGGCCUUCUGAAUGUGAAGCCUAUUGAGCAGCUGCAGGAGACAGUGCUUCAUUCGCUGGAGCUACAUCUGAAGCUAAACCACCCGGACUCUCUACAGCUGUUUGCCAAGCUGCUGCAGAAGAUGACUGACCUGCGUCAGAUCGUCACUGACCAUGUCCACGUCAUGCAGCUGCUGAAGAAGACCGACAGUGACAUGUGCUUACACCCACUGCUGCAGGAGAUCAUGAAGGACUUGUAUUAGAAUUUAACAGGACAGUGUGAAGAAAAAUAAAAGAGAAAAUAAGAUUUUAUUUUGAAACUCAUAAGUUGAGAUUAAGCACUUUCUGCUGCCACCAUGUUGAAAAAAAGGGAGGUAGGCAGGCAGACAGACUGACUGAAAUUGAGAAAGAGAUGAGGAAGAACAGAGAAAUCAAGGAAAGAAAGAAAGACUGUGAAGUGAAGAAUCUGAGUGUUUUGCGUCUUGUCUAGACAGCAGCAUGUGAAUAACUUGUGGGUGUACAGUCAUUUAGCCACUGCUGAGGCUGGACAUUUUGUUAUGAGUAGGCUGCCAACUCAAAUACAAAACUACCACCUAUUGCACCAAUCAGGAUGAGCCUCUGUGACUAACUGAAAGACUGGGGACUUUCUUAUUGGCAAGCGCAAGCAUAAAAUUGUGAAUGCUCAACACAGCCUGCUUUGAGUGAGAAAUGCAUGGAGAAAUGUAUCACUGUGAAUAUUGUACAUGUCACACAGUGCAGUAUGUGUUGUUCAUGUGCAGCUUAUCUACAUGUUGCGUUACAACCGUCAUAGGCAGCAGCGGUGUCUAUGUGCUUCAGUACCUCUAUGCACAAAUGCAUGAACACUCACACACACAAAACAAUGCAGUUAUUUUUUUCUUUUGGCAUGUCGGUGUAGGUGCUAUUGCUUUUUAAUCAGCUCUAUCCAAAGACAAAAAUCAGAUUAUUGCCUGUAACAUAUUUUAGUCUCAUUCAUCUGCAGAAGCUGUGACAAAGCUAACAAAAGGCACAUUAUCCCAAUGACGUCCGUUCUUUGUUAAAAAAUGAGUCUGUAUACACCAUAUUGUGCCAUAAAAAUGUAUGUUUGAUU